AUGCUACGUCUGGCCCACGGGGCCCUAGCUCGCAUUGGGAGCCGAAUCCUAGAGGGGGACAACAUGCCAACUGCCAAGAAACUAGCUAACAUUGGCUACAAGACCUUCUCCUCCUCCAUGAUGCUUCUCACUGUGUAUGGGGACUACCUCUGCAGUGCCCGAGCCUACCACUAUUUCCAGCCGCCCAGCUCCCAGUGCCAAGCUGCAGAAGAACAGAACACCUCGGGAGUCUUGUAG